AUGACCCUUAGUAAAGAUCCUGAGAAGUUUAAUUAUGCUCUUAAGGAUAGGGUUAGUAUCAGGAGAUAUGUUCGCAAGAAUCAAAAUAGGUAUAACUAUUUUCUUAUUGAAGAACAUAUCCAAGAUAACAUUGUCAACAGAAUAAGUGAUCGUUUAAUUUCUUUUUGUACCGACAAAGAAGUUACCGAAGAUUACAUUAAGAAAGUUGACGAUUAUUUAUGGGUUGAACAAAGAGUAAUAGAAGAAGUUUCUAUUAAUGUUGAUCAUGCAAGAGAAGUUAAGGAGAAGAAGCGUAUCAUGCAUGAUAAGAAAUUGGUGAGAAUGUUAUUUGACACCUAUGAAUAUGUCAAGGAUGUUAAAUUUACAGAUGAUCAAUAUAAGGAUGCAUCAGCAAGAGUAAGUCAAUUUCUUGUUGAUGUUGUUGAUUCUUAUAUAUUCAAGCCAAUACCUGCUUUACCCGUAAAACCUGAUGAUCCACAUCACAAUGUUUAA